GUUCAGGCGGGGAGAGGAGACGAAGGAGAAGUCUCUUCUUCUUCUCCUCCUGCAGGAUGAAAGAACUUCCGCACAGACUGCCGCUCCGUCAAACCAUACACAGUAACACAGUUGGAUCACGUGACCAGCCCCUUUGACCCUUCCUCUCGCGAGAUGUGACGCGGCUUUUUGCGAGAUCACCUCUGCAGCAACAAAUCGGCUCCGGUCCUGAGACAAUCUGCUACAUUUCUGCGGGGGGUCAUGGAGGUGUCGUCUCACAGCCUCUUCCUGCUGCAGCAGCUCAACGUUCAGAGAGAGUUCGGCUUCCUGUGCGACUGCACCGUUGCCAUCGGCAACGUCUACUUCAAAGCUCAUCGCGCCGUGCUGGCUGCCUUCUCCAACUACUUCAAGAUGAUCUUCAUCCAUCAGUCCAGUGAGUGUAUAAAGAUCCAGCCCACGGACAUCCAGCCGGACGUCUUCAGCUACCUGCUGCACAUCAUGUACACCGGCCUGUGUCCCAAACAGCCUGUGGACCAGAGCCGGCUACAGGACGGCAUCAAGUUCCUCCACGCCUACCAGCUGUGCCGCAAACCGGACGAGGGCGCCGCCGACGCAACCACCGACGUGGUCCGCAUGUCCAACCUCUACGGCAUCCAGAUCUCCUCUCAGCUAGCCAACAAGGAGGGGCCUGGUGUCCCCAAGACCACCACCAUGUCCUGCGGCGCCCCCGAGGAUGGGCGCUCCUCCGGCCGGGGGGGGCGGUCCCACUCGCAGCUGUCCCUCACCGUCGGACUGGAGGGGGUCCCAUCAGACCGUCAGGCCUCAGCGCUGCGCAAUGUCUGCUCUGUGGCGUCCGGAGACGACUCGGACAUCUCGGCUCGCAUCAAGCAGGAGCGGGUGGAGGAGGAGGAGGGGGAGGACGGUGAGGGGGAGGAGUGUCCGGGGGCGGGGUCUCUGUCUCCAGCGCAAGGCAGCAGUCCCAGUCAGAGUCUCCUCUUUAAAGACCGCCCACUGGUCCUGCUGUGUCCCCGCUGCGGGGAGCGCUGCUCCUCCCCUGAGGGCCUGCGGGAGCACCUGUUCAGCCAUGCCCUUGACCCCUCCCGCCUGAUGGACAACAGAGAGCUGCACGCCGGCACGGAGGAAGGGCCGCCUGGCAGCCAGGAGCAGCUGGACGCAGGAUGUCUGGAGGAGGCGCUGCGGCAGAGCCAGGCACUGGCCAAUCAACUGGCCGCUGAGCUGAGGCGGAGUCGGGGCGGAGGAGGAGGAGGAGGGGGGAGCAGCCCCGCCCCCGCCGUCUUACACUCGCGUAAACGUAAGAUUGCCUGCGCCGUCUGCAGCCUGCGCUUCUCCCACAAGAGCCAGCUGCAGGAGCACAUGUACACCCACACCGGCAAACCGUCCCGCUACCACCGCUACAACCGCCUCUGCAGCCAGCUCUUCCAGGCCUCCGCACACUUCUGUGAGGGCGCCGCAGAGGCCGGCGGAGGGGGUGGGGCCUCAGCCGGCGCUGCUGCUGCACUCUCUGAAGAGGCCAACAGGGACAUUCAAGACAACGGCAGCUCCUGCUACUCUCUGGACUCUGAGAUCUCCCAGGAGAGUGUGGAUGGCGUGCCUGUGGAGUGAUGUCAUCAACUGAUGUCACGGAAAGAUGUUUUACCACAAGGUGGCAUGACUGACACACAGGUGGUGAGGAGACGCACCUGUUCUCUCUGACUCUGACAUCUGUGUUGUGGUUCUGUUUCUGUCUCUGCUGCUGGUUCUGUACCUGUGUGUGUAUUAAAUCAUGUGGUGCUGUGGUCAUCAGCUAAAAAAGACUAGAUUCUCCAGGAUUCACUGAGUCUGAGUCUGUGAGGGUCGGACAAGACGUGAAGACGUGAGGACGUUAGGAUGAUAAGAUGUGAGGACGUGAAGACUUCACUUUGAUGGACAGUUUUCACUGUUUUCUAAAUAGACCUGAUGAAUGGAGAAGACGAUCACAUGAAUUGUCCCUCUGAUGGUUGAUGGGGUCUUGGUCUGUUUGUCUCUGAGGACAUGAACCAGCAGAGACUUUGGAUGUCCACACAGAGACUCCUGGGACAUGUCCAAACUCUGAGGACGUAUUACAGUUAGGGACUAUUCUUUUAAUGGAAAACAUCAUUGUGACGUCAACUGAGACAAGCACCAGUGUCUCUGAUGGUUUGACGGUUUGACGGUUUGACGGUUUGACUGUUUGACGGUUUGACGGUUUGAUGGUUUGACGGUUUGGCGCUUUGGCGCUUUGGCGCUUUGACGCUUUGACUGUGUGACGGUUUAAUGGUUUAAUGGUUUGACUGUUUGGCGGUUUAACAGUUUGAUGGUUUGACAGUUUGAUUGUUUCAUGGUGUUGUUGAGCUCACAGCUUCACCUCCUCUUUGAGACAAUCUGAGAGAUCAGUCACUCUGAUGAAGUCCACCAGCAUUUUGUAAUCUGAUGUUCCAAAGGAGAAAUCAACCUCAAUCCAGAACCUGUCAGUCAGAGAGAAGAAGUUCUGAUUGGCUGAUUCUCGCUGUAACUCCAUCAGUGGCGUCAGACCAAACACAGAGUAAGUAGUUUGUGAGGCGGCAUGAAAGACGAGCAGCACGAAGCAGCUCACAGACGCUGCAGACCACAUCACCAUGUUUGGUUUUUCUGUUCACUUCCUGUCCUCUGAUGUUUCCUGGCCUCCUUCAGAUUAAGAGUCUCACUCUGGGCUGCUGAACUUGUGCUUUUAGUGUGAAAAUCCUGUCAUUUACCACAGAGUCAGUUUUCUUUUGAAGCACAGUUCCUUUAAAGGACCAUACACUGUUUUUAAGAGCAGGUGCAGUUUGAAAACAUCUGGGAGUCGACUGGAGAGGAAACAGUCCUGAUCUGAGAGACGGGUGCUACGGUCCCUCAGACGUCAGCUAUGAAUGAGACUUUUCUUGUGAAAUACAGAAUCCUGUCAGGACUCAACUACAACCCUUCAGUUAACCAGUCUGAGCCUUUGUUUGACUAGACAUCACUUUAUUUUGAAGGAGUCACAGGAAAUGGUCCUUAUGGUCCUAUAAGUUUAGCAGAAAGUUCUCUGCUGUUUCUUUCUGUUGUCACAUUGAUAAUGAUUUCACAGUUGAGAUGUUAUUGAUUAUUGAUUGAUGAAUGUCUGAUUGUUCAGUUGUGACGUCGUCUUCUCUCCGUGUUUCACUGUAAAACAAAAAACACAACAGGAAGAUUUGUGUUGACAUGUUUGUACAUAGACGUCUGUUUUUUUCAUAGAUGGACAGUAAAGUUUUGUAAAUAAAUGUCUUUUUCCACCAA